CUCGGAUGUAUUUAAUUUAUGAAGGUGAAGGUCAUAUGAUGAGAGGAAAAUGGCCGAGCUACAAUUUGAAGCUCCGUUGGCCAGUUUUGAAACUGAAGAAUGGAAUGAUUUUAACGAUUUUCAAACAGCUAUGAAUGCAGAAUGUAAGAAUAAUGAAAAAAAUGUUGAAGACACUAGUGAAAAGACUGAUCCAGCGUCAGAUAAUUUUGGUGUAGGUGAAACAUUCUCCGGCUCUUUGCAAGAUCUUGUCAAAUCUUUGGACGAAAAAAUAACCAACUGUUUUUGUAAUUAUGAUACAAAUGUGGAGAAAAUUGCACCAGUUCAGCUGAGGACUAAAGAUGAUCUUACUACUGAUUGUCCGACAUGGUGGACUAUAACAGGACAGUAUGGAAAUAUUCUACCCAUAGACUGGUCACAAUCUUAUGCAAGAAAACUACAAGAAAAAGCUUUAAAUCUUGGUGAAAGAAAGACACCAGAACCUGUGAACCUUGACCUAUCUGAUGAUGAGGAGUUAGCAAAUGCGAUGGACUAUCACUCAAUGAUCAUCAAUAGUCAUCACCAUACAGAUGAAGAUCAUGUUGUAACAGCUGAUGAAGUCAUUAGUGAGUUAGAGAUGAUGAUGGAGGAUAGUGGUACAGAUCGCAGUGAGUCAGAACCAGAAUUCCCAGAAAUGCCAACAUCUCCCUACACUAAAUUAAAGGAGACUUUAUCACAACUACCAAAGUAUUCAGUUGAAGAACUUAAAGGAAUGUCCAACACGGCCAUUAACGAGUUACUUAGUGAUUACGAACUCACAAUAAAAGAGUUAUCGGAAACCCUAGUCCAGGAAUUGGCGUUACGUGAUGAGUUAGAAUACGAUAAGGAGCUCAAGAAUCAGUUCAUUUCACUACUGCUGAAUAUACAGAAGAAACGGCGAGAGGCAAAAGUGGACAAAAAGCGACGAAAAAGUAAAACUCUAUCACCGAACAGUAACCCUUCUGUUGUUAGUGGUAACAACAAUAACAGUCCUACAGCAGAAUCUGGACCAAGUGUGUUCCUUAGUACAGUAAUACCCUACCAUCCACAGCAGGGUGCAGCCAAUUCAGAACAGCUUCAAAUAUACAUAAAGAUAUUAAGGGCUAUUAAUGAAGACAGUCCAACUGUACCCAGCCUACUUACAGACUACAUCCUUAAAGUAUUAUGUCCUACAUAGAAUGUGUAUGCCAAAGGGGACCAGUCAUCCAAACAAAGUGCAAUAUAGAUAGCUUUAGAGAUUUUCUGUGUAACCAUGGUUAUAUGUUUGAACUUAAAAUAUCCAAUGCAUGCCUCAUUUUUACAUAGAUCUUAAUGUUGGUUGUGUAGUGUGAUACAUUAUUGUUUGAAAUUUU